AUGCUUUCCGUUGCCCGUCGCUCGACGCGCGCGACGCGCCCAUUGCUCUCCUUAGCUCGCGCUAAUCACUCACUCCCUCCAAACAAUGGCUCAAAUGCUACCGGUGAAUCCAGCACCACGCAUUUCGGCUUUCGCUCGGUGCCUACGCCGGAGAAGCAGUCACUAGUCCACAACGUCUUCUCCUCGGUCGCAUCCUCAUACGACCUCAUGAACGACGCCAUGUCUCUCGGAGUACAUCGACUAUGGAAGGACGACUACGUCUCGCUGCUCCGACCGGGCUCGAAGGGUCCCAUGAAAUGCAUAGACGUAGCAGGCGGCACCGGCGACAUCGCGCUGAGGAUACUCGACUGGAGCAGGGAGAAAUACGGAGAGCGAGGGACGAGCGUGGAUGUGGUCGACAUCAACGGCGGAAUGCUGGCCGAGGGCCAAAAGCGCUUCGCAAAGACAAUGUAUCACGCGACACCCCAAGUUAGCUUUACAGAGGCGGAUGCCCAGGCGUUAAACAGGGAGCGCUUCCCGGAUAAUACCUACGACUUGUACACCAUCGCUUUUGGUAUCCGUAAUGUCACGGAUAUCAAUGCUGCGUUGCGGGAGGCGCAACGUGUGCUGAAACCGGGAGGCGUAUUCGCAUGCUUGGAGUUCAACAAAGUGAACAACCCAUUAUUGGCACAGCUGUAUGAUACCUACUCCUUCAGCGUUAUUCCUAUGCUCGGGUCCAUUCUCGCGGGCGACCGCGAGUCGUACCAAUACCUUGUCGAGUCUAUUCGCAGGUUCCCACCUCAGGAGGAGUUCGCGAAGAUGAUUGAGAACGCAGGUUUCGCAACAGGAGGUCACUUCUCCGGCGACGGCGGUGCGUGGAGGGACUUGUGGGGAGGUAUCGCAUGCGUGCAUCUUGGUGUCAAGGUCUAG